GUCACAUGGACAUGAGCAUGAACGCUUUUCAUGGAACGUGAACACAUUUAAACCAAACUGCACUUCAACUCCCUACAUAUCCCGCGCCUUUCUACCCACUUCUCUUCACUCCCAAAGUUCCAACUUCACUCACUCUCCUCACUCCACACUCAACUUCCUCUUUUCCCCCCUACUAAAACUACCAUGGAAAGUUACAGAAGAUCUCCAUUGAAGCCAUGGAAGAAAGGCCCAACUCGAGGCAAAGGCGGCCCCCAGAAUGCUUCAUGCCAAUACCGUGGAGUCAGGCAGAGAACAUGGGGUAAAUGGGUGGCUGAAAUAAGAGAACCCAAGAAGAGAACUAGACUCUGGUUGGGUUCUUUUGCAACAGCUGAAGAAGCUGCCAUGGCCUACGAUGAGGCUGCGAGGCGAUUGUAUGGUCCAGAUGCUUACCUCAAUCUUCCACACCUUCAACCCAACUCCAAUCCUCCAAACAAACUGCAGAAGUUCAAAUGGAUUCCUUCCAAGAACUUCGUCUCAAUGUUUCCCUCUUGUGGAUUGCUUAAUAUAAAUGCUCAACCUAGUGUUCAUGUUAUUCAUCAGAGGCUCCAAGAACUUAAGAAGAAUGGGGUUUUAAAUCAGACUGGUUCUUCUAGCUCAUCUUCCUGUGAAUCAAAAACUGACAUUCAGAUUAUAAAUGAUAAAACCCCCGCAGAAGAUCCUCAAAUGAAGGAGAAGGAUGUUGAAAUUUCAUCAGAUAAAAUGGCGGGAGCCUAUGAGGAUAAACCACAGAUUGAUCUACAUGAGUUCCUUCAGCAACUAGGAAUACUGAGAGAAGAAAAGCAGUCCGAAGGAGCUGAGACUACAGAGAGUUUAACAGCAACAGAUUCUUCAAUAAAAGAUUAUGAUGAAGUAGCUGUCUUUGCAGAGAAUAGCUUCAAUUGGGAUGCUAUGAUUGAGAUGCAUGGAGUUGCUGAUUACCAAGGAGCAGAGGCCAGCUUCCAAGUUCAUGACGCUCAAGAAGACCUAACUUUUCCUGCUUCUAUUUGGAAUUUCUAAGAAGCCUAGUCAAUCUCGGAAGAAGGGACCUAGCUUCUCUAUAGAUUGUUAUCCUUUUUCAGUUGGCAUCUGAGCUAUGAUAGAGAUUUGAUGCUAGUUCUAGAACUGUUUUGAGGUUGUAAUGAUAUACGAUAUAUAGAUGCAUUUCUAUCCAUUGCUGGCAGAAGAGAUCAUACAAAAAAAUAGUUUGGAAUUUGAUUGACAACUAGAGAGUGAAAGAGAGGCUAUCGAAUUUAAUGGCAAGAGAAUUUUUGCGACCUGAAGGGAGGUAGAGGUUCAUUCCUUUUUUUUGUAGCGGUGGGAAAGUUGUUUUCCACCAUUGUGUGAUAUGAACUGGUAAAGUUUACUUUA